AUGAACUAUCAAAAAGUGUAUGGUAUCACAGGGCCUGUCUCUACCGCUGGUUCUACCGCCGCAGAGAACAAAUUAAACGAUGGAUUGAUCCAGGAGUUGAAGAAAGAGGGCUCUUUUGAGAGCGAACAAGAAACCGAAAACAGGGUCAAGGUUUUGAAGACUCUACAAGAGCUUACGCAAGAGUUUGUCUACCGAGUUUCGAAGAAGAAAAAUAUGUCAGAUGGGAUGGCAAGGGAUGCAGGUGGCAAAGUGUUCCCUUAUGGUUCGUAUAGGCUUGGUGUACAUGGACCAGGAAGUGAUAUUGAUACCUUGGUUGUAGUUCCAAAACAUGUCACGAGAGAAGACUUUUUUACCGUCUUUGAUGAACUGUUGAGAGGGCGACAAGAAUUGGAAGAGAUCGCAGCGGUACCGGACGCGUUUGUCCCCAUCAUCAAGAUGAAAUUCAGCGGCAUCUCUAUAGAUCUGAUCUGUGCACAUUUAGAUCUUGCGCAAAUUCCACAAUCAUUGACAUUGGCUGAUAAGAAUCUCCUGAGGAACCUAGACGAGAAGGACUUGAGAGCGUUGAAUGGUACGAGAGUUACAGACGAAAUCUUAGAGCUGGUUCCAAAACCCAUUGUUUUUAGAAUAGCAUUGCGCGCCAUCAAACUGUGGGCUCAACGGAGAGCCAUCUAUGCAAAUGUCUUUGGGUUCCCCGGUGGUGUGGCCUGGGCUAUGCUUGUGGCAAGAAUUUGUCAACUAUAUCCCAACGCUUGUAGCGCAGUCAUCUUGAAUAGAUUCUUCAAGAUUUUGUCAGAAUGGAAGUGGCCACAACCUGUUGUGCUGAAACCAAUCGAAGAUGGUCCCCUACAGGUACGGGUAUGGAAUCCUAAAAUUUACGCUCAAGACCGAUCGCAUAGAAUGCCCGUCAUAACACCUGCCUAUCCGUCCAUGUGCGCGACGCAUAACAUAACAGAGUCAACAAAGAAAGUCAUUUUGGGAGAACUGGGAAGAGGGAUUCGCAUAACGAAUGAUAUAUUCACCAAUAAAAAAACUUGGGCAGAUCUCUUUCAGAGGCAUACCUUUUUUCAUGAGUAUAAGUUUUACCUAACAGUCAUGGCAGCCACAAACGGCGAUAGCGAGCAGCACUUAAAAUGGAGUGGUAUGGUAGAAAGUAAAGUGAGACUUCUGGUGCUUAAAUUGGAAGCACUAACUGGCAUCAAAAUUGCUCAUCCGUAUACGAAGCCUUUUGAGACAGCUUACUAUUAUCAUAAUGAGGAAGAGCGCAAAAAAAUAGUCGAUAAUUAUGGAACAUACAAGACUGAGGACGUUUUGAAGGAAUUUAAGAAAGUCACGGAUGAAAAUAAGGACGAUCCUGACGUCAAGGAUCUACCAAAGGUCUACAUUACAACUAUGUACAUUGGUUUGGACGUUAAUGUUGAAGAUAAGAAAGAAAAGAUUGACAUUCAUGUGCCAUGUAAUGAGUUUUUUAAUCUGUGCCGCAAUUUUAGUGAAGAAUAUCAGGACUCUAAUACCUACUCCCUUGUGAUAAAGUAUGUUAAACAAUACGAUCUGCCAAGUGAUGUUUACGAAGAAGGUGAGGCAAGGCCAGUGAAGAAAAAGAGUAAGAGAAAGAAGCUGGAAAAAGCGACAGCUAAUACAAAAAGACCAAAAUCAGAACUUUCAGACACAAAGGAACCCAGCGGCAGUGUGGCUACCGAUGAGCGUGAUGCUAAUCAGAGCUCUUCCGUCGCGGAGGCAACUCAAGCAUAA